GCGGUCCAUCUUGGCUCUCUCGCUGCAGUCUCCCUCCGCCUGCGCGCCCUCCGUGUUGUUGUAGUAAAUAAUGGCGGCAUCGGGAGGCGGAUUAUCAUCUCCCGCGGCCGUGGCGGGCCAGAGCACCGUAGCGCCGGCCCGGGCUCGGUUCCCGGGUCGGCCGUGCGCGGCUCGCAGCAGGCUGCGGUCGGAGAAACGCAUCAGACGCGGAAGGUUGGGCUCGAACGACGGGGAGCUGGCUGCCGGAGGGCCGAGGCCUGUAAACAUCGGCCUGGCGUUGAGCGAGGAUCCGUCCCUGCUGCGCCUCCUCGGGGUGACGGAGAAGCACAGCCGGCAGAAGGACGUGGGCUUCGACUCCAGCAACAGCGAGGAGGAGGAGGAUUUCACUGGAUUUGGUACCACAACGGUUCGUCCUCAGAGAACCUCGGCCGCUGGCAAUCAGUCGUCGUUCAGAGCGUCAAAGGCUCGUCAGGCUUCUGACCACUCAUCAGGAGCAAAGCAUGCCGUCGGAAAAACGAGCCCCAAGACCCCACCACCAGCACUGAUUGGGAAAAUUGUUCCGAAACACUCUAAAGAGGAGCAGGGUGCUAUAGAACGCUCAGUAAAGAACAAACAAAUACCAAAGGUCAAUAUUAAACCGCACAGCAAGCAGCACGCUCCUCCUGUGAAAGCCAAGCAUGCAGAGAAGCAGGCCUCAGGAACAUCAUCAGCAGGAAGAGCCACAAACCCAGGCAGCACACAGAACCAAACCGCCGCUACCUCAGCCGGUGGCACCGAGCAAGACCAGACGAACCGCGCCGCCACUGAACCCGCAAACCCGGAACAAACUCAAGAAGGGGUCCGGGAAGCGGAAAGCGAGGUUUCGGAGGACUCGGACUCAAACCAGUCCCGCACAGACAGAUCUGUGAGGAGAAUCCAGGGUUUCCGUGCCGAGCACGCCAAAGGCACGUCCCAGGCCAUCGCUCUGUCGUUUACAUCUUUUCACAAACGGCAGAGGAAGAGGAUGACUAAAGGUAUGGGCGCCUCUCCGGAGGCCGGGGCCGAGGCUGGCGCGCACAGCGGAGAGGAGGAGGCGGCCAUGCCCCUGGAGUGCAACGCUGAAGAUGCCUCGGAAAAGAAACUGAAUAAAAAGCCACAGCGCAGAUCUUUGUUUGGGCACCGGCGGAAGCAGUCUAAAGACCUUUCAAUCAGACGGCCCAAAAUGGGUCAGAUUCGCUCUCGGCGUGUUUAUUACACAUACGUUCCCGAGACGCUUCCGGCUCCCGCAGCGCAGGUCGCGGAUAUUUCGCAGGCCCAAGGUCAAAGUGUCACCCCGUCCCAGGGUGAGCAGAAGCCACUCCCCGAGCAGCUCCCGCACGCCUCCAACAACUCCCCCACCCCUGUCAUGAGCGCACGGUCCUCCCGCGUCAUCAAAGCGCCAAAGAGGUUCCUGGAUGAAGAGAUGAUCCCCUUCCCCAAAGGCUCGCUCACAACGUGGCUGAAGACCCAACAGAAGGAGGAGUCGGGUUGCGACGGCAGCUCGCCGCAGAUGGACGCCGUCGCUGCCUUCGACAACCAGCCCGCCUCGGCGAAGAUCACAUCCAAGUCCAGCACGGGCGCGAGCCACGUGGAAAUCUACCAGAACCUCAAGAAGCUGACGUUGAAGCUGGCAGCGAAGAAGAGGGGCCAGUCUGAAGCCCAGGGCCAGUACUUGGACCACGGCGACAGCUUGACCCCGCACGCCAGGAAGAGACGCAGGUCCAAGCUCAUGAUGGAGGAGAUCGAUUCCCCGGGUGUGGUCCGGAAAUUCGCCGUGGUGGUGAACACCGACGUGGAGACGUCUCCGCAAGCGACGGCACAGGAUGCAGAGAACACCGCAGCGGCCGCGGCGAGGGAAAGCCGCGACGUGCUGGAGUUCAGCGGGCCGAGCCAUCGAAUCGGUCUCAGCGGCGCCAACAAGAGGAUGCUGCACCUGCUCAAGAAAGCCAAAGUCCAGCUCAUCAAGAUCGAUCAGCAGAAACAGCUCAAGUUGUCUCAGUUGGGAUCUCGAGAGUCACGGAUGCCGGUGAGCUGCAGCAGCAGCGGCGGCGGCAGGAGGAGACGGAGAGUCGGCUCCAAAGAGCUUGGCCCUCAGGAGCAGCAGCUCAGCGGUCCCAGAAUCAAACACGUGUGUCGGGCCGCGGCGGUGGCUUUGGGCCAGCCUCGUGCCAUGGUGCCAGACGAUAUUCCCAGACUCAGCGCCCUGCCCCUUCAUGAGAGAGAGGGUAUCACCUUUUCUCCUGCUGCAGAAGAUGUGGCCGACGACGACGACGACGACGAUGACAACGACGACGACAUGUCUGAUCAGGGCAGGGCGCAGUGGGCCGUCUCUCAGGAAAACAUCCAGCGCAGGAGGAGGAGCGGCAGCCGUCGGUUCAAAAGGAGGAAGGUGCUGAGUCGCUUCGCGCCCGGGGGCCUCCGGUCCCGCCGGUGCGGACACUGCAAAGGCUGCCUGGUGGUGAAGGACUGCGCCAAGUGCAUCAACUGCCUGGACAAGCCGAAGUUUGGGGGGCCGAACACCAAGCGGCAGUGCUGCAUAUAUAAGAAGUGUGAUCGGAUUGAAAAAGCGCGGAUGGCGCGUAUCAUGAGACCGCUGAAACUCCAGGCGAGGCGCUUUUCAGCCUCUAUGUCGAGCAGCGAGGACACAAACUGGUGCCUGGAAGACGCCAAUGAAGGAUCGCCCUCCAUGGCGUCCGGAGUCAGGAAACAUUCUCUGCGUAACAUCACGCCGCGCUCGUACAGCAGCCUGCUUAAAUCCGAAUCGGAGGAGGAGGAGGAGGAAGAGGAGGUGGUCAGGGGUGCUCAGGAGAGAGACGAUAAAUCGACCAUCAAGCCAAAUCCAGCGGCUGGGAGCAAGCAAGAUGGCACCGCACAAGAUGGCGUCUCUCCACCAGACGAGGUGCCGACCGAGGCGGUGAAGCACCGGCGCCUGUUCUCUCGAGGUCCCGGCAACAGGCCGCGAGCUCACAAGGCACAGGCGAACACAGAAGAGACGGACUGCAGAGAAAGUUUCCCCGAGCCCCGACCAUCCCGGAGCCCCGCGACGAAGCUGCCGAGGCAGCUGCAAAUACAAUUAUGCCGUCUGCCUGAUUAUAUCGUGCCGUCCGCUGCAUACAUGCUGCGAGAGUUGCCCCCGCGCGUGGAUCACUGCGUUUCACAGUCGCAUCCACUGCUGGCCCGUCUUAUAACGAACUCCGCUAUUUCACACCCAUCACCGCCUGUCGCAAGCUGUCUUCCAGAAACGCCCCGGCCUGAAAAGCCUCCUGCUCCCCCGCUCUCAGCCCGCCCUGUAACAAACUCUCAAAAGAAAUGCCUGCAGGUGCGUUUGCACCGUUUGCCAAAGUCUGCGCUGCAGGCCUCCCUCCAUUUGCACAAAUCUGAUCCGCCGGCACCACUUCAGCAAAACCCACAGCCCGAGCUGCAGUCCGCCGCCGCCACAGAAGUACCAUCACGGUCAUGUGCACAGGGACAAUCAGAGUCUGAGGUGCAGCACCCAGAUGAUUUGACGGAGACCUACAGCUCGAAUGCUGGUAAAACUAUGCCCGGCGUUUUAACAGGGCCUCCCCAGGCAGUCAGUCCUGUCACAGUGUUGCAGGAUCGUCCGCAAGAAGAGCAGGAGGAAAAACCGGCGGAGCCGGCCGAAGAGGACGGGAAGGACUCCUCUGUGACAGAGACUGUGCAGCAAAACCCUCCAACAACUGAUCCACACUAUGUCCUUCAUUCCCAGAAUCCUGCAGAGUUCGCAUCUGCGAACUCCCUGACUGGGUUAGCUAAUGGAUUUCCCCAAAAGGGCGUGUUGCAGAGCAAGUUCAAGAUCCGUGUAGACUUCAAGGAGGACUGUGCGGUCCAGAAUGUGUGGCUCAUGGGCGGCCUCAGCGUUCUCUCCUCUAUCCCCACAACUCCGCAACCCAUCUGCCUGCUCUGUGCCAGCAAAGGCCGACACGAGAUGCUCUUCUGCCAGAUCUGCUGUGAACCUUUCCACAGUUUCUGCCUCUCGCCAGAAGAGCGCCCCCAAGAGGACAGCAAGGAGAACUGGUGCUGCAGGCGCUGCAAGUUCUGUCACGUGUGCGGCCGCAGAAGCAAGAGCACGAAGCCUGUUUUGCAGUGCAGAAGAUGCCAGAUGUCCUACCACCCCUCCUGCUUAGGACCAACAUACCCCAAGCCUAUGAACUGCAGCAUUCCAUGGGUGUGUAUGACGUGCAUCCGUUGUAAAAGUUGUGGUGUUACUCCUGGAAAGACCUGGGAUCUGGCCUGGAACCACGAGAAGGACCUCUGUCCCGACUGCACCGCUCUGCACAAAAAAGGCAAUUUUUGCACCGUCUGCAACAAGUGUUAUGACGACAGCAGCCGACCGUCUCAGAUGAUGAAAUGUUCGCAGUGCAGCCACUGGAUUCAUUACAGAUGUGAAGGACUUUCAGAGGAGCACUUUGGCCUGCUGUCGGGUCAGACAGGCGGAGCAGAGUUCACCUGUUCCCCCUGCGGUCAGCAGCAGAGCAAGCACAGCAGCCUGCGGGAGGGGCUGCAGAGCCGGCUGAUGGUGGAGCUGGAGGCGGUCCUCACAGACCUGCUCUCCUCCAGCAGCACGAAACACCUCGUCUCCUGCAAAGCGUGUCAGGAAGGAAGCAUCACGUCGUCAGUCAGGGAGCAGCAGCCGGCGUGUGAUCUACAGGCUGUGCAGGAAAAGUUUGAAGCGGGCUGUUACACCUCAAUAAAAGCUUUUCAUGCAGAUGUUGCGUCUGUGAUGAGGACAUGGUUGAAGGAGGAGGAACUUCUCCCUGAGGAGCAGAAACCAACCGUUCAGUCUAAAGCACACUACAUCAAAGUGAUGAAGCAGGCCUUCAGCUGGCUUCCUCCCUGCAAUCUCAAAAAGUGGAAUUCGUUUUCAGAAGAGUUUCCAAGUGGCAUGCUCCCCGAGGCGGUCCUCCCUCCAUCGUUGGAGCACAGCUAUGCACAGUGGCUGGAGAGGACAUACCAGCUGAAAGAGUCCAGGGGCCCCCACAAGGGGAAAACUGACUCCGUGCUGUCCUCAGUCGCUGUGCGGCAGUCUGGUCUUCCUCUGUAUUCUCAUGAUUCCACCAAGGCUGAAGAUAUGAGGCAGUGUGCCUUGUGCCAGCAGUAUGGAGACUCUGCUCCCAGUGAAGCGGGCCGCCUCCUGUACUUGGGCCAGAACGAGUGGGCCCACGUGAACUGCUGCCUGUGGUCUGCCGAGGUGUACGAGGACAACAGUGCUCUUCUUCAGGUGCACAGCGCCGUGUCUAGGGGGCGCCAUCUGCGGUGUGAUCGCUGUGGGCAGUCCGGAGCCACGGUGGGCUGCUGUCUGGCCACCUGCCAGAGUAAUUUCCACUUCAUGUGCGCUCGUGCACAGAACUGCGUGUUCCAGCAGGACAGGAAGGUGUACUGCUACAAACACAGAGACCUCGUCAGUGCAGAGAUGGUGUCAGAUCAGGGAUUUGAAGUUCCUCGAAGGGUCUACGUGGAUUUCGAAGGGAUCACUCUAAGAAGAAAGUUCCUUACAGGCCUGGAGCCAGAAUGCAUAAACAUGAGCAUAGGCUCCUUGCAGAUUCAGAAACUUGGUGUUUUGUCUGAGCUGUCGUCAAAUGGGCGGAUGUUAUAUCCAGUCGGUUAUCAAUGUUCUCGGUUGUACUGGAGCACUGUUGAUCCCCGGAGGCGCUGCAAGUACACCUGCAAGGUGACGGAAGUGAGCACACCUCUCCCCGGCGAGGAGCAGGACCCGAGGUGGGACCAGGAAGAGAACCACACCAUAGUUCACAGUCCCCAUCAUGAGCGAGUUAUCGAGUCCCCAGAUUGUUUGACCCCUUCAUCCAGUCCGAUAAAGUCCACCACCCCAUCACCCAACUCAAAACUGCACAGCAAGUCUGGACCUAAAAGUCCAAGUUACUCUCAGACCAGGAGGCCAGCAGGGGGAUCAUCUCGACCGCUCCCGUCUCCAGGAUCUGCUCCUCCAAAAUCACAUCACAUCCUCACGCUGCGCGACCUCGAGGACACCCGUCGCACUCGCAGACUCUCAUCAAGGAGCCGCUGCAGUUCCUCGCCAUCAGAGAGCGAUCCGUCUGCGCCGUCGACCCUGCGCCCCGGCGGCGCCGUCCAGUCCAAAUGCACAUUGUUUGGCUCCCCUCCACCGUCCAACUUCGGAUCGGCCUCCCCUCCUCUGUCGCGACAGAACUCGGCCUCUCCGGUUUGGAGCUCCCCGCCCAGAUCCAACUCCAGCCUCUCUGCAGGGAUGUCACCUUGUCAGGGACUCGCCAGCCACUCGCCCAGGGGGCGGCUCAGCUUUAAAAUCACCACGCCCGUCUCCGCAGAGGUCCCACAAGACUUCCUGGCAUCGUCGGAAGCGGAGGAUGCAGCGGUGGCCACAACCAACGGGAUUUCACUCGCCCCCGACAACCUGGAGGAGGAGGUGGCCCACCUGAUGGCGCAGGAGCUGCCGUACACCGUAUUCGAUUCCGACACAGACGUGGCCUCCAUGCUGAACGCGAAGCUGGAGUUUGACGACGCUCUGCUGGGCGAGAACGUGGCACUUCACUGCGAAUCGCAGGGAGCCAGAGGAGAGGCGGAAUGUGUAGGAAACGACGUGGAAAUGCAGGCAGCUAAUCGGGAGAACGACUCGGAAGACGAGGACUCCAGUCGCUACCUGAAGUUUUCCCGUACGGUAGUGUGCGACGCGGCCGGCGCCUCGGACGCCGCAGCUCAGCUCCAUCCGGCCGAGUCGAUCUCGCAGUUAGACGGAGCGGACGGCGGGUCAGAGAGCGACGGCAGCGAGGGGGCCGGCGACAACGAGCAGGACGGCGGCGAUCAGAGUCACUCCAAUCACAACACUCCAACCAAGCAACUGACGGUUACUCUGAAACGGCUGGAGUCCAUCUACACGCCGUCCAAGUCGCAAGGUGAACAGGAAACUGCCGCGGCAGAGUUUCAGCAAAGUUUACCGCCGUCUGAACUUCUGGAACCAGGCAGUGGGAACAAUGACCUUUCGGUUCAGGAGGAAGAGGUCGCCGUGACCCAAGAAACAGCCGUAAUCCAGAAUGAAGUGAUUUUGGAUUCGGUGACCGGUCACUUCGUGUCCACGGAGGACGGCUCUGUCGUGCACCCAGACGAAAAAGCACCCGAAGAGAGUGACGACACCGCCUCGUCCACCGACUCGGUCGAGGGCUUUAAAGACGACCUGAACGACCCUGAUUACAGCCCAGAGCCCAAAACCAAAAAGUCGCCCACGUCGCCGGUGAAAGCCGUCGCCGCAAAGCCCAAACUCCCUCAGCCAGACCCGAACCGCCUGAUAAAACCAAUCCUUCCAUUCCAGCCCAAAAUCAAACUGCCUCUGCCUCCUCGACAGCCCGUCAACAAUGUCUCCGUCUCCACCGCCGGCGCGACCAUCUGCUCUGUCCCACGGACCGUCACCUCCCCCAUCAUCAUCAACGGCCUGAACGCCCUCCCCAUUCACUCUGCUGCCGCACGGGGGAAGGCCAUCGCCAUCCGAUUGGACGGCUCAAACACUGGGAUCCAGCAGGUCGUCACUGCCAGCCAGGCCGGGGUUUCUAACUCGCCCGCGCCCCAGGCCCCCGCCCCUCAGGUCCUGCUGGUCAACCGUCAAGGUCAGAUUCUGCUGAAAGACCCCAGGUCGAACACUUACCAGUCACUCCACGCAAAUUCGCCGGCGUACAGUAAAAUCAGCCAGAUCGCAAGGAUUCUGCACAGCGGUAACACACUGCGUCACUCCGCCCCCCGCGUCAUAUUAAAGCCCCGCCCAGGCGCCGCCUCCGCCAAUGCCGCCGCGUCCACCGCCGGUAGCCAUCCGGUGCCCGAAAGGAAAAUAGUCCUGAGAGUGGUGAAAAGCGGCGGUCCUACAGCUCCGGCAGCUGCCGCCGGCGUGCAGAGCGCUCAAAAGCAGGAUCCCGCCAAGAUCACAGAAAACCCAGUGCAGGCAAUCAUCAGCCAAGCGAUAGCGAUCCCCCCCAGCCCAUCCAGGACCAGACCCAUCAUUCUCAACAGCACUGUGUCGCCUCAGUCCAAGCAUCAAAGAGCUCCCGAGGCUCCGAAAGCAGAAGACUGUGAUCAGCCGUCAGUGGGCUGCUCAGAAUCCCCCAGUGGGCUGAAGGAACAGAAACCUUUUUCAUCCAGCCAGCAGGUGAAGAGAGACUCAUCAGUGUCUGAAAGGCCUUCGAGGAAGAAAUCCAAGAUGGACUUUUUGAUAGACCCUUCGAGUGAGCCGGAAGAAAUCAAAGACUCCAGGCUGAGUGGCGUGAGAAUGAAAGCUCCGUCAGUGAAAGGCGCUCUGGACUUGGACAAGGAUGUGUGUCGGCCGCUACGGAUCACUGCUCCUCCACCUCCGACUCUCAGCAGGCAUCCUCGGGUCAAUAGUCCACCUCCAUCCAAUUCCAGCAGAUACGUUCAGGGUAAAACACACAUGUGGGUCAGUUCCCGGCAUGGAGACCUCACCGAGUGGGGCCCUUACACAGGCGUUAGCUCAGAAGACGAUGCUCCCGUCCCCAAACACAGAUACAGAACGUACAUGAAUCAGCCUCACCUGCGCUUCGAAAUCACCAGCGACGACGGCUUCAGCGUGAAGGCCAACAGUAUAGAGGUCGCCUGGCGCGCCGUGAUUGACGGCGUCCUUGAAGCCCGGGCAGGCUUCCACCUGAAGCAGCUGCCUCUGGGCGGGAUGAGCGGGCCGCGGGUGCUCGGCGUCGUCCACGACGCCGUCAUCUUCCUGCUGGAGCAGCUGCAGGGUGCCGCGAACUGCAAACAUCACCGCUUCCGAUUCCACCGCUGCGAUGACAUUGAAGAGGAGCUUCCUCUUAACCCCAGCGGCUGCGCUCGAGCUGAAGUCUACACGCGGAAAGCAACUUUUGAUAUGUUCAAUUUCCUGGCAUCACAGCACCGAGAGCUCCCCGAUAUCGUCGGCCCCUUUGAUGAGGAGGAGGAUGAAUUCCCCCUGAAAUCAUCCAGGCGAGCCACCAGCAGCGAACUUCCUAUGGCGAUGAGGUUCAGACACCUGGAGAAAAUCUCCAAAGAAGCAGUUGGAGUUUAUAGGUCCCAGAUUCACGGACGCGGACUGUUCUGCAAGAGGAACAUCGACGCCGGGGAGAUGGUCAUCGAGUACGCCGGCACGGUCAUCCGUGCCGUCCUGACCGAUAAGCGGGAGAAAUAUUACGACGGCAAGGGCAUCGGCUGCUACAUGUUCCGCAUCGACGACUUCGAUGUGGUCGACGCCACGAUGCAAGGCAACGCCGCCCGCUUCAUCAACCACUCGUGCGAGCCGAACUGCUACUCGCGCGUCAUCAACGUGGACGGCCGCAAGCACAUCGUCAUCUUCGCCCUGAGGAAGAUCUACCGCGGCGAGGAGCUCACCUACGACUACAAGUUCCCCAUCGAGGACGAGAACAGCAAGCUGCACUGCAACUGCGGCGCCAGACGCUGCCGGCGCUUCCUGAAUUAAAUCUCCGGGCUCCGGGUCACCGCCAACAGGACGCCGCGCUGCGGCGCACCCGUCACGUUGACGGGAGUGUGAUUUAUGGAGCGUCCUCGGAAGAACAAAUCAGACAAGAGCCAUACGUCAAGACGGAAGCCGACUUGAAAGACUUUACUGCCGGAUCGCCGAUCUGGUUUCUGUUUUUUUGGGGUUCGUCUGUUCUUUUUUUCCCACACUGGUCCGUGUUACAGCGCCUGUCGUUGGCCUCUGCUGGAACUGGGGUUGGAUGUCGGCGGCACGCCGCGAGGGAAACAACCCGACGGCAGGCCGAAGAGGGAACGAGGAGGAGUCAUUCUGCGUCUCACUUGCACACAGUUCGUCACUGGCAACACAUUUCACUUGAGAACGCCGUUGACACCUCUGACUCCAAGCACCUUGUGGAUGUUGUCGUGCAGCUCCGCUUCGCCCCCACCCGGGAAAAAACCGCAUCUGUCAUUGGCAGGGAAUCCAACACUUCCGGUGCUGACGACGUUUAUUCCAAGAGUUAGUCGUUCCUCCUCCAGUCAGCUUCGACUUUUCUGUCUGUACUCGUCGCUGGCAGAGAUGCUGUGAUCUUUUAUCAUUUUAGAACAGUCCGUUUUUUUGUUGAUUUUGUGUUUUCUGUGUAUUUUAAGGCCUACGGGGGAGAGUUCUGCUGGAGCGGGUGUCACGGUGAAUAUAGUGACGCUAACCUGCGACCCCUUCAAAACGUUUUUGUAUAUUUGAAUAAUAAAUGUAUAUUCAAUAAACUGAUGGGGAAAAAUUUGUUCGAGCUUUUAACUUUCGAUUUAUAAGUGAAGGUGAACUGACAGAAAUGAAGCCAUUGCCAAGAAAUUCUACUAAGUUAAUGUUCUGUUUUGUUUUUGCACCCUCCUUCCUCCUGUUUGUGUCUCUCACUGGUGUACUACCUCAAGGCGUCAUGAAGCAACAUUUAAUUUAAUUUACGCGACCCAGUUUGGUGAAGAACUACUUCCUCUUUUCCUCGUGGUUUCCAAUCAUCGGAAAAGAAUUACCAUCGACACUAUAAUCCUUCAGAAACCGGUUCAGUCAUUUUGUCGUGCUCAUUUACUGCAUUGUGCACCAACACCAAGCUACUGGAUGUAGGUAGGAAUUGUCACUUUAAGUUGAAGGUUGAAUGCUGUGGAGUUGUGUGUUGUUUUUUUUUUGUACGAUUGAUAACAAUUUACCAAGCAGAACUCAGUUACUUUGUGAGCUCACCGUGGAUCCUUGCCUGUACAUAGUUGUAAAUGAUUUCUAAACCUGUUAAAUAUUUUUUUACCUACAAUUUUUUUAAAACUUGUGUUCAAUAAAAUGUGUUCAAAGUUU